GCGCCGCCGACGUCCCCAGGAUGUGGGCGGUGCCGCGGGGCGGGGACGCGCUCUCUGCCUCUGCGCAGAAGCAGGGCUGCCUCGCGGGGGCGGGGCCAGGCCCUCCGAAGCCCGCCCACGGCCGGAGCUCCGGGCGCGAUGACUUGCUGGCCCGCCCCACCUUCGAGCUUCUCCACUGUCCCGGCUGCUACUGGUUUUGCGCUGGAGCUGAGCGGGCGGCUGCAGCCCUGAACUCAGAGGAGCAGGGACGAGGGCCACACAGAAGAGUGGAGACCUGGCCUCCAAGUGGGAGUAACGGCUCACAAUCCUCGCCAGUGAGAUCCCGGCAGCUUGCUCAAUGGCAGAAGUGGCCACCUGCCUUCCCAGGAGGGUCCCAAACCCUCCAUGGAGUGUCUCAGAGUGAAGGAGGGUUCAGGCAAGGAAGACCACAAAGAUGAUGAAGAAGACGAUGAGGAUGAGGAAGAUUUUGACCAUGAGCCACCGAUUGGAGGUGACUGACUGGAAGUACUUGAGGAUCUCUGAAUGGGCGGCCUCAACAUCCAGCUGGGCUCCAAGCACGUUCUCAUCGAUCCUGGAAACAGCCAGGAGAGAAAAAAGGACAUUGGAUUAAAAAGAAUGCUGAUGACAUCCAUUUAUUGAUAUGAAAAGUUGAUCACAAUGUGUGGAAGUAAAAAAAUGUUUCAUAUUAUG